AUGCCGUUUGAGGAGGCAAGCGUUGUUAUCCACGUGGGUACUCAGAAUACCAAGGCUGGGUUUGCUGGGGAGUCGUUUCCAAGAUGUGUCACUCGUACUCUUAUUGGGAGAUUCCGUCAUUCCGGUAUCGUGGAUGGAGACCAAAUGAUUUAUUUUGGGGACAACGCCGUGCGGAACAGAGGAAUCUUAAACCUCCAUUACCCCAUAGAAGAGGGGAGAGUCACAAAUUGGGAUGACAUGGAGAAGCUGUGGCACCACAUCUUUUAUUCACAGUUGCAUAUACCUCCCGAACAAUCAAGACUGGUCCAUGCUGUGAAUCCUAUGUCGAAUAUUAAGGAAAAGAAGAAAAUGGCGGAAAUACUGUUCGAAGUAUUCGCAAUUAAAGGUCUGUAUAUAGCAAAAGCGCCGAUUUUGUCGCUUUUCGCCAGCGGGAGGACAUCAGGUUUGGUGUGGGGCAAUGGCUACUCCUGCUGCUGUGCCACUCCCGUAUUUGAAGGUUUUCCAUUGAAACAUGCCAUAGUAUCCACUGAGCUAUCGGGAGCUGCUAUUACUGAGUAUCUGAGCGAGUUGGUGACCAAACUCGGGUACCAGUUGACAACGGCCUUUGAGAAGGACAUAGUGGAAGAAAUUAAGGCGAAAAUGUGUUACGUAAGUCACGACUACGCAUUAGAAAUUGAAAAAUUGAAGAAAGAAGAUAAAGCUGUCUUUAAAUUGCCUGAUGGGCAGCAGAUCUUGUUGGGCCCAGAACGAACUCAAUGCCCAGAAAUUUUCUUCCAACCAAAUUUAGCCGGCAGAUAUUGUCCAAGUGUUCCUGACAUAAUAUGCAACAGCAUUAACAAAUGUGAUGUUGAUUACAGGCCAUUGUUCUUUAAUAAUAUAGUAGUUUCCGGCGGAUCAACAAUGUUCCCGGGCUUGUGCGGCAGACUGAAAGCUGAAAUGCGGGCUAAAAUUUCACUUCCAGGAGUUGAAGCAAAAGUUGAUGGUAUACCAAAUAGGUCUCUGUCGGUGUGGGCUGGUGGAUCUAUGAUGGCCUGUAUUGACACAAUGAAAGGAUUUUGGUUGACAAGCGAGGAAUACCAAGACUGUGGAGACGAAAAGGUCGCUUAUAAAUUCUUUUGA